AUGUCGGUGGGAUUCUCUCUUGUUGGAAAUGUCGACACCGUGGUGAGCUCCAACUCCUCCUGUAGCGUCAUCAGGUGUGAGAACUACUGCCCCUUCGGGAGAUACGCCCGGAAUGGGUGUGUCACCUGCCAGUGUCGAACAGAGUACGACAAACGUUGUGGGCCAGUAUGCAGGAACUGGUGUUCCUCGGGUCGCGUCUACAACGGUGACGGCUGUGCAACGUGCUCCUGCUUCAUGCCUUCAUGUCCUCGGCGUUUAUGCAGCAACAAGUGCGACAGGGGCUACGUCAAUGACGAAAACGGAUGCCCGACUUGCACGUGUGUCGGAAAUUAUGUCCGGCCGGCCGGAUGCCCAGUGGUCAGCUGCGAGUUGUACUGUGAAUAUGGCUUCAAGAACGGAAGUGACCGUUGCCCUGUCUGUGAAUGCGCUUACAGGACCCCCAUCUUCUGCCCACGUGACUUCUGUGACCUUGACUGCCCCGAUGGUUUCGUGACCAACAAGGAUGGCUGCGAGUUGUGCCAAUGUCUAGGUCAGUGA